UCCAUGACUGGCCAGAAGAGGAGGAACGCUCUGUGAUCUCACCCCAAGCUGCAUAGAGAGCCUGAAUGCCACUGAGAGACCUGCAUGUCUCAGUUUUUGAAGAGGAUGUUGGGCUCUUAUGUCCUGUGGUUGGCCUUGGCCUCCUGCAUUCUGAUCCUGGCUUCUGCAGAGCAGCAAGGUUACAGAAAUGCCACCACCAUCAGUGCCUAUGGGCUGGAUUUGGAGUGUGGCACUCCUGGGGCUCCAGAACCCCCACUCUGCUUUGACUCCUGCCAGAAUUAUACCCACCUGGAUGAUCCCUCUCGAAGCACAGAGAAUACAGAAAGAGCCCAGAAGUGUGACAGGGACCUGCAGGGCUGGUUCCGUUUUAUGGGAGGAGGAGGAGUGAGAAUGCCGGAGACCUGUGUCCCAGUGUAUAGAUGCCAGACUGAUGCUCCCAUGUGGCUUAAUGGGACCCACCCAACCCUUGGGGAGGGCACUGUCACCCGCACUGCUUGUGCCUCAUGGUCAGGCAACUGCUGCUACUGGAACACUAAGAUUCAGGUGAAGGCCUGCCCGGGUGGGUACCAUGUGUACUGGUUGGAGGGCAGCCCUGCAUGUAAUCUGAGAUAUUGUACAGACCCUUCCACUGUGGAGAACAGGUGUGAGAAGGCCUGCCGCCCAGAGGAGGAGUGCAUCUUUUUCAAUGACACCUGGACCUGUUCCUGUAAGCAAGACCUCAAUACCUCUGAUAUCCACCGUUUGCAGCCUCAGCUGGAAUGUGGGGCCACGGAGAUCAAGGUGUCAUUGGACAGGUGCAGGCUGGAAGGCCUGGGUUUUGGAGACGAGGUCAGGGCCUACUUGCAAGACCAUAAAUGCAGCAGCAUCAUGCAAAGAGAGGAGAAGAAUUUGAUUUCUGUGACCAGCCCCACUCAGGCUAAUGCCUGUGGAAACAUUUUGGAGAGAAAUGAAACCCAUGCCAUCUACAAAAACACUCUCUCCUUGGUCAAUGAGUUCAUCAUCAGAGACACCAAACUCAACAUCAACUUCCAGUGUACCUACCCGCUGGACAUGAGAAUCAGUCUCCAAACUGCCCUGAAGCCCAUUGUAAGUUCCGUGAACAUCAGUGUGGCUGGGGAGGGAGAGUUUACUGUCAGGAUGGCCCUCUUCCAAGACCAGAACUAUACAUUGCCUUAUGAAGGAGCUGCAGCUGUGCUUUCCGUUGAAUCCAUGCUCUAUGUGGGUGCCAUCUUGGAGAGAGGGGACACCACCAGGUUUAACCUACUGUUGAGGAACUGCUAUGCCACACCCACUGAAGACAGGACUGACCCUGUAAAAUAUUUCAUCAUCAGAAACAGCUGCCCAAAUCAACAUGAUUCUACUAUCUACAUGGAGGAGAAUGGGGUGUCUUCUGAGGGCCGGUUCUCAGUUCAGAUGUUCAUGUUUGCUGGAAAUUAUGACCUAGUUUUUCUGCAUUGUGAGAUUCAUCUCUGUGAUUCUCUUAAUGAACAGUGUCAGCCAUUUUGCUCAAGAAGCCAACUCCGCAGUGAAGCAGUGCCAAUCAACCCAGACCUAGUUAUAGAUUUGGGACCCAUCACUAGGAAAGGUGCCCUGUCUCUUGGUGUCAUGAAUGGAACCCCUACUACUGCAGGGUUCGUGGUGGCCUUUUCUGUGCUUUUCCUGCCUGUUCUCCUAGCUGCGCUCUUCUGAGCUCAGCUUGGUACCUGGUCCUCUGGCGAUGGCUUCCAGUCACUCUUCAGCUCUGCUGGACCUCUCUCCAAAUCUGUAAAUGUCUUAGUGUUAACAGACUCCAGGCUGGGCUAGGUUUGGGGAAAGGGAAGAGCUUCCUCUUGGUUGACCUUCUCAGUGCCUCUGUAUUCCUUUUUCUCUUGUGGUGGGGGUUCUGUUGGCCUGACCUAGCCUGGCUUUCUCAUUCUUUAGCAGUUUUUUUAAAGCAAAUUUGCUGGGUCCUCUGUGGCUUCAGAGGACCUCAGCCUUUACCAGAAGUGUAUCAUGCUUUUGUAACUCCAAGAAAGAGGGGCCAUGUCACUGGGGAAAAUGGGAGUAGGAUGAGCUCCUUAAAGAGGCACUUCCCUUGGCUCUACUUCCUGUUCAGACUGCUGGUGAUUUCAACAGACUGACUCUUGCUUUCACCCAUAUCUUCUGAUGUAUUUCUGCCAUGGGUUCAACUAUCACCAUGGGGAGUUGUUGUAUCAUGAUAGUGGAGUUGUCUCCACUUUUGGAGACUCAGCUCCAGGAAAGACUGGUCCCCAUUACUCCCCUGUUCUCCACCAUACUGCCAACUUACUUUGAUGUGCCUAGAAUUACACAAACUCUUACCCUGGGAUCUGGAUGCUGAAGGAACUACCUGAUUUGAGUGCAGAGACUACCACCUCUGCUGUAAAUAGUGGUGCUUUUCCCCUGAAGGGCUAAGUUGGGAGUCCCAGAAGAAAAUAAUGCAUCAAUUUUUCCAGAGGGAUAAAGCAACAGAAGCCUGAGAGAUGGGCGAAGCUACUUUCUGAAAACCUAUAAUGAUCCCUCACAAAGCCUUCACAAAGCAUUCCUUUUCCACAGGUAUACAUGGUUCCCUCCAAGUUGGCCUCAGGGAAAAUGACCAGAUCAAGGCCCAGCCAAGGCAAGGGUCAGGGUGAGGGAGGAGACCUUCCAACAUGCAGACUUAUUCAGAGAUUGUGUGGUUUCAAGAAACAGAAACUUACUUCAAUGAACUCAAGCAAAAAAAUGCAUUAAUUACAAAAAUGCCUAAGCACAAAGUCCCAAGACAGAAGAUAAACCUGGCUGCACAGGCAAACCCUAGGAACCCAGGCUUGUCUGUCUUUCUAUCUGCCACUCUUCCUAAAACCACAGAGCCUUCAUGUCUCCUUAUCUUUGUGUGUCUCCUUUAUUGCCCCCUCUCUCUGAAACUAGCUUUUCCUGUUUACUUAUCAUCCCUUGAUUAAAUAUGGGUAUUGCAGGUUCACAUUGCUUCCUAAUUCAGGGACUAUAGAGACUUGGUAUCUUGGUAUCCCACAUCCAAACUUCACUAGGGAGAGUCUUAUUUCCCUGCUUGAGUCUAAGUGUUUUCCCUGGUCCAGUAGGCUGAGGCCAGGUUCAUGAUCUCAUCUCAUAUGAACAUAGCCAAUGGGUCUGACCUGAAGGCAACCAACCUAAAAGGCUAUGAUAGUGGCUUCUUAAAGAUAGAGAGUUUUCUGGGAGCAAUUGCUUCCUGUUUCCCAGUAAGUUACAGGGUUCAGAGCUACUAUGGUCCAAGGGAAAACAUGCACUAGGAAGGGACCUGAAAGAGAGGUCAGGAGGUCCUAAACUUUUCCCUUCUCUGAGGUUUGGGGGCUGGGCUAGCACAAGAUUCUCAAACAUUUACAGUGGAACCUUUUUUUUAAAUACAGUUCUACAAAAAUAUCGAAUAUGUAGAGAAGUUAAAUGCAAAUAGAAAAUUGUUGAUGUCUUAGCUCUCCAAUUCUGUGGUUCCUUCCUCCUCAGGCCUUCAAAGGAACUCCAUGAUAACCCACAGGGUUACCAAGGGCAAAGUUUUGUAAAUCCCUGGGACAUAUGUCCUGUAAUGUCUCUUCCAGUGUAAACUGCAUGGGAUGCUACCUAACUUGAGCCAAACCUGCCUAACUAUCAUCUAUGAUCUAUCUACCUACCUACCUACCUACCAACAUAUCUAUCAUAUAUAUAUCAACUAUCAUCUGUCUCCUAUUUUGUUUUUCUCUCUCUGCUCAUGAACCUAUCACCUAGUGAGAUAGUUAUAGCUUUGGGUUUUUUGUUUGUUUGUUUGUUUGUUUUCCUAAUAGACUUGCUAUAUGAGUAAUGA